UCUAUAGUGUGUGAUUGCGGCCUGAAAUUCGGAGGUUUCUUGCUUGUGGGCAUUCCUGCAUUUGCAGGAACUUCCCAUUGGUUCCUGCUUGUGUUUAAGAAGCUUACUGUGAAUACUUGAGGAGUAUCAACUUCAUCUCCCACGCACUUCUGGAGGAUGCUGAAUCAAGGAAGGAGGAGGAGAUGGUAGCAGUAGAGGUGGAAAAGAUGUUGAGGCUAGCUGAGCAGUGUUUGGAGCGAGUCAAGUCCUUCGUAGGAAAGAGAGAUGAACCCCCUACCCCUCCCUCUUCCACCACCACACCAACCAACUCAGCAGCACUCAGCCUGGCCACAGCCUUAGCCCCAUCUGUUGCAGUAAACCCUGGAAAGAUUGUUUUGCCACAACCACAAGAGAAGAUCAUUGACUCUUGGCCUAAAUAUAACCCCAGGCCUGGACACCGCAGAGUUCUCUCUGAGGGUGGAGGGGAUGUCUCCCUCUUCCUGCCCCCAGAAGUCUUCCAGAGGUUGCAGACAGUGGAGUCACAGGACACCAGGAUGGAGCUUACACCCAUAGAGGAGGCAUCACGGUUGAACCAGAAGUUGAAAGCAAAUUGUGAAGCUCGUCUGGCCCGACUGCCGCCUGCACAGGCCCGUACACAGAAGACUUCUCUGACUCUCUCUCUUCAGAGGCAGAUGAUGGAGAACCUGAUUAUUGCCAAGGCCAGGCAAGGUGCUCUCCAAAGGAAGAUGGAGGAAAGGAGACUGAGGCUGCAGGAGCAGGCCAACAGGAGGUUUGCUGCAUCUGGAACAAUUACUGGAGAAGAACAGGAACAACGUGUUCUGUACACAAAUAUUUUGGAAUAUGAACAAGAUCAUGACUGGCCCAAGCUUUGGAAAGCGAAACUCAAGAAAAAUCCUGAUGAUGCCACCUUAGUCACCGGCCUUGUUUCAUGUCUUCUCAGCUGUCCAGACCACCCUGUGAUUAAGCUACUGAAAAGGCUCCAGUACAGAGUUUAYAACAGGCUCUAUCCAAUCGUAAGCAAGAGACUACCUGCAAGUCCUGCCCUGCCCAUGAAACCCUCCCGCAGCACUCAGAGCUUGUUGAUCUCAGACUCUCAUCAGAACGUUUCAAAAUCUGGCACGGGUCACAGUCAGUCCCCCGACGCCUCUCUCAAUAUCUCCUCCUCCCAUGACCAUAAUACCAACGAGGCGGAGUUGGAUAGUGAUGGGCCCCAUACUCUGGACAGGGAGAAUUUGUUUGAGGAUAUGGAGCAGUUCCUGACACAGAUGGACCGGGCCCCCUCUCAUAGGGACCCUGACAUGAUCUUUGAACCAUCACAGUUAGAUCAGGAGUCCCUUGUUCAGGACUUGGAAAUGCAUGCUCUCAAAAAGCACCUGAAGGCUAUAGUGAAGGACAUCCAUAUUGCCAUUGAUCAACUGCUGUCUCUGUGUCUGCUCUCAUUUGAGUGUCUGAACACAGCCAGUUCUAAGGACCUGUGUGUGGCCAGCAUAGAGGAAGCCUUCUUCACUCCCCUCUGGAGCCCUCUGUUGACCCUCUUCAGGAAGGUCCACAGAGAGAGGGAGCUGUCCUUUGAGUCCAGUAUGAGGCUGUAUCAGGACGCCUCACCUGGUGACGUUGGUGUCGCAUCGAAACUGUACYCCCAAGACCCUGUUGUGCUGCAUGGUUCCUACCCCUAUGAAUCAGCAGUGCAGGAGCUUCGCUUGCUGUGCAGAGAUUGCUGUCCCCAGAAAAAGCUGGAGUGCAUUGUUCGGACAUUGCGUCUGAUCUGUGCUUGUGCUGAGGACUACUGCUGCCUUCAUGAGGCGGAUUCCAAAACAGCAGCCAUUGGGGCAGAUGACUUGUUGCCCAUCCUCUCCUAUGUGGCUCUGCACUGUGAGCUGCCUCAGCUGGUGUCAGAGUGUGCUGCCCUGGAGGAGUUCAUUCAUGAAGGGUAUCUGAUUGGAGAGGAGGGCUACUGCUUGACCUCUAUGCAAAGUGCUCUGCAAUAUGUGGAGUCAUUGCACACAGGAGGUUUUCAGUUGCACAACACUAAAUCCGCCUGAUACAGGGUGCUGCUUUGAAAUGGAAACCAGUAUUUCCCCUUGUGGCAGUGCCUGUUAGCUGCAGACUGGACCACCAUUCAACUUAAUUCAGAUGUUCUGCGCAAGAAAGGAUCCUAUACUUCGGCUUUCAAAUACAUUUUCUUUUUUUAAAGUGAUCCCUAUUGAACUGUAGUUUCUAUGCAACAAUGGUUCUGAUGGGCUGGACAUGAUUUCCAAGUUCUGUUUGUGUUCAGCCAUGUUCAGCCAAGUGAUUUGACAUGGCCUGUUGAUUGUUACUUGGGCUAGCUGCAAUGUGGAAUGGUCUGGCUGGACUACAGCAUCUUUGGUUAUGAGUCCCCUUAUUUGAGGGGCAUUUAGGUCAAGUGCUUGAAGCUUUGUCAUAAGUCACUGAAGUCUGGAAAAUAUUUUAUCGCUAUUGUCCAAUAUUGCUCAUUUUUAUUGCUUUAAUUUAUGAACUGACCCUGUCAUUUAAUUCAGUUCAUGUCUGAAAAAGCACUAUGUACCACCAUAGAGCAAAAUGUGUACAUUUUUGAAACUCUAAAAAAGCAUGGAUUGAUAAAUGAUUGUGUAGAUGCUUACAGUAUAUUAUGAUAAAUUACUCUUAUUUUAGGAGAGGAGAUGUGGAAAUGAAGACCCGUAUGCCUUUAGAUGUAUUUAGAUUCUAGUUUAAUUUUAAUCCUUGCAUUCAGGAGAUGUUUUAGGAUAAUGCUAAAGAAAAUAACUAGGUUGGUAUUUAUUGUGCUACCUGAGAAUGUGUGUGCGUGCAAUAAUGUGUGGGAACAAUUCCUCUGUGUAAAAGUACAUGCAAAAUUGAGAUUUGGGGCCCCCAUGUGACAAUGAUUAAAACAAAUUUACUGUU